AUGUAAAAAUUAAUAGAAAUUCUUAAUGGGGAAUCAUAUGAAGACAUAGGUUUAGUCACAGAAACCUUCAGAAAUCUGAUAUCCAUUUCUGAUAAUGAAUCAAUUAUAGAAGGAGCCAUCGGAGAAUAUAUAGAUCAAUUAGCGAGAUUGCUAAUCUAUUAGAAUUAAGAAUUAAGAGAAAUUGUGUUGGAGUUCUUCUGUUAUUUAAGUGAUUUAAAAAUGGCAACUAGGUUAUCCAUAGCUAAGCAUCCUAAAAUACUAUAAAGACUUGUUGCCAUUUUGAGCACUGGUCAAAUUAAGAGCAAUUCUCAGAAAUCAUAAGAAUAAAAAAGUAAUUAGGAUAAAAUAAAUGAAAAACAUGUCAAACUAGCAGCAAUCACCCUCAAUAAUAUUUCGUAGGCUCCUGCAGCAAAAUAAUAUUUGCUUAUUUUUGAAAAGGAAUUAUUUUUUGUGGCUGCAUCUGAUGAAACUGUUACGCCUUUGCUUUCCUAAAUCCUUUUUGAGUUAUCAAUAGCAGAAUGAAUACAUGAAUUAUAUUUAAAACAUAACUAAUAGAUUUAUUGAUGUUAAA